AUGGCUGGAAUUAACAUCAUUAAGCAGGUGUCGAAGGCUCGUAAUGGGCUUGGAUUGUUUAUACUUCCAUGCAAACAAAUCACAAUUACAUAUUGCAAUUUUGGAGGCUCUUCACAAGGAAUGAGAGACUUUCUGAGACUCAAGCUGACAAAGUUCGCUUCACAGUACCCAGAAGUAGCGUUUCAGGUAUUAGAUAAGCCUGGAUUUCACCCGGUGAUUAAAGGUUUCUAUUCAAACAAUCAAACCAAGCAGAUAUGCUGCCGGAAAUUAAACGCUGACAUGAUCGAAAACAAGCUCAAACUUAUCAUUAACUCCAGUGGUCGAAAGUUAACCAAGCCUAAACAGAAGGUGAUCUCUCUGAACAAAUCCGUCAGAGGUAUUUGGUCUCCGUUCCAUGUGGAUCCUUCCGAAAGAUAUAAAAUAUAA